ACCAUUGUACUUGUCAUUCUAGAUACCUUUAUCACACUUCGCCACAGUAAAGAUCAUGUCUGGAGAAGAUCAAGCAGACGCAGGGGGAAGAACACUUGGGGGAGGCAACAGCGAGCCUCUGCCAAGCGCUUGGGUGCGUCCCGCUGCAGCACCUAGAGUGGGACGCAUUGGAGAUUGGGGAUCAUCGUCCUCUUCGUCUCGUGGUCCUUCGGGCAGAGGUAUAGCAACUCUUUCUGAUGUCUCCGCGAGCCGCCCAGGCGGUGGAGUAGCAAGACUGCCUCCAAGCGCCGCAGACGAUGAUGAUGACGACGACGACGAAGAUGAAGACAAAAGGCAAACCUUUUUUGCUGGCGGUGAAAGAAGUGGCCUAUCGGUAGAGAAUCCGAACAGAAGAGAUAAUAUUCCGGGUGGUAACGUAGUUAGGGAUAUUAUACGCAGAGCGACCGAAGCUAGCCAACAACAACAACAACAACAACACCAAGAAGGCGCCGCUAGGUCAAGUGCUUUCACCGGCGGAGGUCACACACUCGGAAGCGAUGAAGUAGAGAGUUCUUAUAUUCCUGACCCUGAUGCAACGCCUCCUGAUGUUGAUACUGUGACGCGACAUGUUACCUUCUGGAGAGAUGGAUUCACCAUUGAAGAUGGAGAAUUGCUGCGUUACGAUGAUCCUGCCAAUGAAGAGCUUCUGGAGUUGAUCGAGUCGGGUCGUGCUCCCCCGCACCUUCUCAAUGUUGCAAUUGGCCAGUUGGUAAAUCUUCAUAUCGAUAAGCGCCUAACAGAGGUCUACACGCCUACGAAACGUCAACACCAAGCAUUUACCGGCUCUGGUCAUCGCUUGGGUUCACCUGCACCUGCGGUUACCUCGAGAACUCGAGACGAAGCUAUGCCUGGUUCGUUUCCUAGCGGGGGUGCUGCACCCAGUGGCAACAGCAAUGCAGGUGCCAGCUCUGAGAGGGGUAGUAUCACGACAAGAUUUGAAGUGGAUCAGACACAGCCUACGACUAGUGUGCAGAUCAGGUUAGCGGAUGGAACCAGAAUGGUGUGCCGAAUGAAUCUGACACAUACAGUGGGCAAUCUCCGUGAUUUCAUCAAUGCUUCGCGACCUGAGAACAUGUCUCGCGCGUAUACGAUCGGGACGACGUUCCCCAACCGUGUUCUGGAGGACGACAGUCAAAAUAUACAAGCCGCCGGUUUGGUUAACAGUGUGAUCGUGCAGAGAUGGGCAUAAAUAGCGAAAAGGUGUAUUGCUGUAAGUACUUGUACUAUUAUUGUUGGUUCGGUACUAUUAGAGACGUAUUGGAUUCUCGUGACAAACCGCGAAGCGAUGAUUCGACGUCGUGAGUCUUGCUCAGCACCAUCAUGGCGUCAAGCCCAGCGUCUGCUGCUAUUCAUUGUUAUCUCCUCGUACUCGUGUUCGGACGCUGGGCUAAGUAUACUGUAAACCCGUUCUUGAAUGCCUUCCGU